CCUGCCUCCCUGCAUCUCUGCCCAUCCUCCCCUCCGUGAUUUUUUUUUUUUGCCGAAAUAACCAUUCCCACCAAGCCACCUUUCAAAGGCCAUGCCAGCAGCUCAGCCCUUACAAGACAUCAGAGACUCCCCCAUUAACACUACUGGCCUGCUAACCACGCUCUCCAGGCAUCCUUCGCCCACAUCCUCAACCUGUGCAUCCAGCCCAUCGCCAUCCUGUUUCCUUCCAAAACCCCGCGUCCGCCUGACACCGCUGCCCACAGCCCACCGCCAGGGUGAUGCCGAAUCGUGCCCCCAGCCGACAUGCCCAGGUCCUUUUGCAGAUGGAGCCCCUGGCAUCCAAGCCGGCCGGCCCAGCUCCCCCCCACUCCCAGCACAUCUGGGCAGCUGUGCCUGCCGGCAGCGUCCCGCGUGGUGCUCACCGUUUCGCUUCGGCAGCGCGCUGACAUCAGUGCGGCUUCCUGCGCGCCGGCACUGCCACGCCGCACGCUCGCCCCGUACCCCCACAAACCCCACGCCGUGGGGCGGCGAGCCCCGGGCAGCCCCGCGCUCCUGGCACAGUGACCCCCCGCCUCCCACCCCGGGACCCCUCGCCACCGCCUGGUGACAGCCAGCGCCAUGGAGUCGGUGGCUCUGUACAACUUCCAGGCGACGGAGAAGGACGAGCUGCCUUUUCAGAAAGGGGAUACCCUGAAGAUCCUCAACAUGGAAGAUGACCAGAACUGGUACAAGGCUGAGCUGUACGGCUGCGAGGGCUUCGUCCCCAAAAACUACAUCAAGGUCAAGCCGCAUCCGUGGUACGCGGGCAGGAUCUCCCGGCACCUGGCAGAGGAGCAGCUCCUCAAGCGCAAGCACCUGGGAGCCUUCCUGAUCCGCGACAGCGAAAGCACCCCGGGGGAGUUCUCCAUCUCCGUCAACUACGGGCAGCACGUCCAGCACUUCAAGGUGCUCAGGGAGAGGAACGGCAAGUAUUUCCUCUGGGAGGAAAAGUUCAACUCCCUCAACGAGCUGGUGGAUUUCUACAGGACGACCACCAUCGCCAAAAGGCAGCAGAUCUUCCUCCGGGAUGAGGACCAGACCCAGGAGGUGAGAAGACCCAAAUUCGUGCAAGCCCAGUUCGACUUCUCGGCCCACGACGGCUCCCAGCUGCCCUUCCUCCGCGGGGACAUCAUCGAGGUCCUGGACUGCCCCGACCCCAACUGGUGGCAGGGGAAGAUCUACGGGCGCGUCGGCCUCUUUCCCCGCAACUACGUCCACCCCAUCCGCAAGUGAGCUGCCGCCGGCGCUGCGGGCGAGCGGGGAGGACCACGGCCCCCACUGCCCCCCACUCACCGGAGCUGCUUUGUGCCUGCACACAGACUGCAUGUCCCUUCGUCCCCACGGAUGGUGCCCGUCCCCACGCCGGGAUGCCAACCCACGUGGUCCUGCUGCCGUGUCGGCUGUGCUGGAGGUAGAGGCCAAGCUGGCGAUGAUCCCCAUCCAGGGGCUGCCCGGCUCUGGCACCCUAAAACGUCAACCACGGCUCUCCCUGCUCCCCUGGUCCAGGAGACCUCCACCACCCCCAGCCCAGGCUUCACCUCUCGCUGCGGGCUGGCAGCAGUUCUCCCCGGGGAGGGAGCACAGAGCAUUGAACCAGGGCCAUAAAAACUUUUCCAGAGCCACAGCCCGGCGGGGUGGCAGCAACAGAGAGGAAGAGCACGUGUGCCCCAAACCUUCGCUCCUCUCCAGACCCUGUAAGCAAAGACCCGGCUCCAAGGAGGGCUGCAGGCGGCCAGGAUAUGGCCGGGCUUGGUAACUCCAUGGAGGGAUGCCAGGGCUCAGGGCGCAGGGGAAGGCUGGUCCGGGGGGAUUCCGUCCUGCGGGUGCUGUUCAUAGCUGCAAAUUGUGGCUUUUUUUUAAUAUUAUUUUUUAUUUAGAGCUAGUAAAAUGUGUUU